UGUACUGUAUAUUCUAUUGUAUAUGUUUUUUUCGAGAGAAAAAAAAGAAGCGUGAAGGGAGCGCAUCCGUUAUGCUCCACCCCUCAGCUAACGCCCCCAAUGACGUCACAUAGAACCUCCCCAUGCGGGAGACUGUUGUAUGGAGGAAAAUGUGCAUUGUGCGGUCCUUCUGUGGUGUUUAUGCGGGACAAAUCCAACCGAACAACACCAGGAUCUAAUCGAAGCUGCAUUUAAAGCAUAAUCGAUGGAGAGGAAGGGUCACGUAAUGCAGGAGGCGUGCGGGACGACGUGCAAGGCGCUAUGAAUUAGCGUGUGCAAACAUCUUCGCGGAAAAAAAAAGUCUGCAGCUGAUGGAGCCGCUUCACUGUCAAUAAGGAGGCUCGACUCAUCUCGUUCUUCAUGGUUUUUGAAAGAGAGAUGGACGGCAUCGGCAACAGCAUGCAGAUGAAGGCUGCGGAGCUGGAGCGGCUGGCCGAGGUGCUCGUCACCGGGGAGCAGCUCAGGUUGCGGCUCCAUGAAGGGAAGGUCAUUAAGGAUCGGCGCCAUCACUUGCGAACGUACCCAAACUGCUUUGUGGCCAAAGAGCUCAUCGAUUGGCUGAUUGAGCACAAGGAGGCUUCGGAGAGAGAAACAGCCAUCAAGAUCAUGCAGAAGCUUCUCGACCAGAGCAUCAUCCAUCACGUGUGUGACGAGCAUCGGGAAUUCAAAGACAUGAAGUUGUUUUACCGCUUCCGGAAAGACGACGGCACCUUCCCGCUGGACAAUGAAGCUAAAGUGUUCAUGAGGGGGCAGAGGAUCUAUGAGAAGUUGAUGAACACAGAAAACAGCUUAUUACAGACCAGGGAGGAGGAGGGCGGGACCUUCGAGCGGACGCUGGUGGCCUCCGAGUUCAUUGACUGGCUCAUCCAAGAGGGCGAGAUGGCGACCAGGGAGGAGACGGAGCAGCUGGGACGACGCCUCCUUGAGCAUGGGAUCAUCCAGCAUGUCACCAAUAAGCAUCACUUUGUGGACGGGCCCCUCCUCUUCCAGUUCAGGAUGAACUUUCGGAGGAGGAGGCGCUUGAUGGAGCUUCUCCACGAACGGGGCCGCGGUAUUCCCGAGAGUCACGACAGCCCCUUCUGUCUCCGUAAACAGAACUCGGAUGGAGGAAACACCAGCUUUCUCUCAGUGAGUCCAACUAAAGAGAUAAAGAUGGUGGUCGGGGUUCGCCGCAGCAGCAUGAGCAGCAGCUGCGGCAGCAGCGGCUACUACAGCAGCAGUCCGACACUCAGCAGCAGCCCACCGGUGCUCUGCAACCCUAAGUCUGUUCUGAAGAGACAUGUGAGUCCAGAGGAGCUCCAGACCCCAGGAGGACCUUUCCUGAAGAAGACCUUCACUAUUGUAGGCGAUGCUGUGGGAUGGGGAUUCGUCGUUCGAGGUAGCAAACCCUGUCACAUCCAGGCCGUGGACCCCGGGGGACCUGCAGCAGCUGCGGGCAUGAAGGUUUGUCAAUUUGUGGUGUCGGUGAAUGGACUAAACGUCCUCUCUCAGGACUACAGAACAGUGAGCAACCUGAUCCUAACAGGACCCAGGACAAUCGUGAUGGAAGUCAUGGAGGAGAUAUGACAAACCCGCUGGAGAAGGGAACUUGAAGGUUUGGUGUUGCAAAAGCAGCAGCCAGAUGACGAAAGAGGAUGACCGCAACGACUCUUGUCCUGUUGUGGACUACUGAGAGACAGCACCUAGGAGGAAAUGUGGGAAACGUUCACUGUUUCUUAGAAGCACAUGCAGAAAAAGCAGCGAUUUAAGAUUCAGCUCAAUCCAAGGACAAUGCAAAUGUCCGUAACACAAAAUGGACAUGAACAUGUAUGUUCAGCUAAGAAAAGAGAUUUCAUUCUACCUAACACCUUCUGUGACCUUUACCCCACUUACUUUACAAUUUAAAAAAAUGGCAGCUUUGGACAGCUCAGUGCUGCCCCCGCCAGGACAGGAAGACGCACAAACACACGGACCUACAUUGACUGGCAAUGUAUUUUAUAUUAUAAAGGAAAAUACUAAUAA